AGCCUAUGAUUGGCUGAAAGUUUUUGAAUUGCGUUCGAUUUGAGACUGAGUUUCAACUGUUUUAUUGUUGUUUUAUAUUUGAAUCUAUUUAUUGACAAACAAUUUAUGUAAUUGUAUUGAUUGUCGACAACAACAACACAUCCAAUACAUCCAACACUUGUGAUGUCAAUACAAUCCAAGACCAAUAGUAUGGAUACAUUGGACAGAAUGGGUGUCUUUCAUACCGGUGCCCAACUAUCACUUGUGGCACAAUUUGAUGAUAUGUGCCGAUUCUCUAACUCAUUGGUCACUAUAGAUGAACAAUCAUUGAUUGAUUUGAUCCGCAAAUGUGAGUCCAAUCGGUUGGGAUGGUUGGCCACACAGCGAGAGUUGAAUACAUUACGUGUCAAAAGUAAACAAUUGGAUGACGAGAACAAAGAUUUAGUCGCAAAGAUUAAAAGUAUUCGUUUCGGUUAUGGCAAAGAAGUUCAACAAAGAGAAGACCUUAUUAAACAAAGAAAUGCUUUGAGAAACCAAUUGAAUGCAAUUAAAGACUUUAUUCUCAAAGAUUCGACGCCUUCAGGACAUAUGGAAACCAGAGAGAAAGUGUUGUCUUAUCUUAAUUUGAAUCAUUUGGAAACAGUUAAUGAAGACACAGAACGAUCAUUUGAUAGACACGACAUCGAUGAUAAUGACGACAAUAUGAUGACUGAAUCGCCACCUAUUAAUAGAUCUCAAAGAUUGAAACGAAAGACUAAUAAUUAUGAUUUUAACGAUGAUUUCGAGCGCAGGGCUCCUAAGGCAACAUUUGAUGAAACGGGAAAUAUUGACUUCAAUACACCCAAUGUGGAUGUCAUACCUCCACGUAUCUCACUUAAUGUCAAUCGCAAUGCUAUCGAUGAUAAUAUUGUGUCCAUUUCGCAGAGUUCGCCACAAAUAAAGUCAUUGAACUCUCGACUCACAACUCCUCAAAACCCGAUAAACAUUUCUCCAGUUUAUUCGACGGCUUCUUUGACGCCAUUAGAUGAAAGAAAGCAUAAUUUGCAUCAAAAGAAAGCAUUUAAACCGGUGUAUUGCGGCCCAUGUCAUGAGGCCAUUGGUUUCUUCGGCACUUUCUUAUGUUGUGAGGACUGUCGAGUAGUUUGUCAUAUGAAAUGUAAGAAUCGAUUACCACUUCCUUGUAUUCCAUUUCGUAAACCAAACGGAAAGACUUCCCAAAUGGUUUUGAUAGCAGAUUUUGCGCCACAGACUCGUCCAAUGAUACCCGCAAUCGUUAUUCAUUUAUGCAACGAAAUUGAAAGACGCGGUCUUAAUGAAGAAGGUUUAUAUCGGAAAUGCGGUUCUGAUAGAGAUAUUAGAGAAUUAAAAGAGAAAUUUAUGAAAGCAAAGAACGGUAUAUUCGGUAUGGAUCAGUACGACAUACAUGUCCUCUGCGGUGUUGUCAAACAAUUUUUGCGUGAUUUGGACGAACCAAUUGUCACUCGUAUACUUUGGCGAGAUUUUGUUCGCGCCUCAGGUCAGGAAAAUCCUGACACUGAAAGGCAACUAAUAAUGCAAACGAUUGAGGAGUUACCGACUUCUAACAGAGAUAGUCUGGCAUUUAUUAUGAUUCAUUUGAUGCGUGUGGCCAACAAUGACGGCAAUUCAAUGGAUUGUCGUUCGUUAUCAAAAAUAUUUGGACCCACUAUUGUUGGUCACUCAACAAUUGAUCCCCCGAUGACUGAGAUAUUAGCUGAAAAUCCCAAACAAAUUAAAGUAAUGGAAGCGCUUUUUAGGAUUCCUGAUGACUAUUGGAAUGAUAUCUUAACUUCAGUUAAUUCAUGGGAACCAAAUAGAUUUGGUUCUCCUGAUAGAAGAACUCCAAGUAAUGGUCGACUUAUGGGAACUAUUCAAAGAGGAACAUUGACACCACUUCGUGGACCUUCAAAGGGAGCCCUUUCAUUAAAACCACUCUUUUAAGGACUCCUUUUAUGUGUUGUUUAAAAUUUUUAUUUAUAUAAGAUAUUUAAUAUGUAUUAAUUUACUUA